AUGUCGUCCGUGUCGGCCUUGGUUAAGGCCCAUUGGCUCCGUCAGCUGAUGCUCCAAAGCCCAAAACAUCUCCGAAUUUUAGACGCGUCUUUGCAACUCUCAAAAGAAAAUCGCGAUGCAAGACAAGAGUUUCUCGCCCAUCGCAUUCCAGGGGCCAAGUUUUUCGACGUUAAUGAAUGUGCAGAUAAGUCCUCACCCUACGCGCAUAGGCUGCCAAAUGCCGAAGAAUUCGCAGACUGCAAACGAAAUCUUGGUAUCCGCAAUGAUAGUUACGUUGUUAUCUACGAUAACAACGAUAAAGUUGGUCUUUACUCCGCGCCUCGAGCCUGGUGGAUGUUUCGUGCAUUUGGUCAUCAUUCGGUGUCAGUUUUGGACGGUGGGUUUCCUCGCUGGUGCGCGGAAGGUUUUCCAAUCGAAUCGGGCCCAGAAAAAAACACAGCAGCGGUCCAAGGUACUUAGUAAAUCUUAGCCUGACAUUGAGAUCAUCCUUAGCCUGUUCACAGACCCUCUAUAUUAUCUUCAAAGUCCGUCGAGCUCGGGUGAUAAAAUCUAAACCGCAGCGGAUUUAUUGACCGCCAGCACAAGGCGGUAGUUGUAGGGGAAGAAGUUCUCUUUUUUUCUCGCGCGCUUGCUUUGUUCGCGAGCUCGCCGAUGUUUUUGAAAAGAACGAAAAAAAAAAUUAAAAUAAAUAAAACAACGUCUGUGUUCAGGCUAGAUCAUCCUAGUCUGCUACACAGCCGUUUUUGUGCCGUCACGCAACGCUCCUCCACGCGUGACGACCCUAAAAAUGGCCGUGUAGCAGACUAACAUAAUCCGUGACGGAUGUACUUUUUGCCGUUCGGCUUGCGCAAAACCGCCUAUGAGGGGGAUGGGGUUGUAUUCCCCGUAAAUUUGGACGAUGCGGCAUGCUACUAGGGGACCAAAAUAUGUGAUUUCCUCUACCCUAUUUUCAGAUCCAACGCAAACGUGUGACCAGACACCCGCGUACACAGCGUGGUGGAUUCCUGGUGGACACCGUCUUAAAAUGUUUUCCCUAGGUAAUCAUUCCCGGUUUCCCACCUUUUCUCGCUGUCUUAGGUCAUUAUUUUCCUGUAAACGGCGUUGUAGCUCCCAAUACUGAAUAACGCCACUAAGAGGCAAAAGUACUUUGCAAGAUUCAUUGUAAAGCCUCAAGAUGAGUGCUGUAUGUGCUCCUUUAUGUUAACAAUUUAAGGUUAAGUGUCCAAGAACUCAUAAAAUUCAUUUUAAAAAAUUUGGGGGGAAGGUGGAUUGCCCGGAACAUCCCCCAGGAUCCACACUGGGAAUGGAGUCCUGCUCUUAGUUAUAACUAACCACUUCUUUUCGGACCAAAUUUUUCAAAAAAGUUGGUGAUAAAAACGAAAGAUUUAAUAAGCGUGGCCUAAAUGAGUAAAAAAAUGUAGUUGAAUUAUAGCUUGCCUGACCGGUUUUGCCGGCACUUUUUUUUACAGGUGAUGAGUCAUACCGAGCCAUCUUGAAUACCGACACCCUCUGUAACUUUGAUUUCGUGAAAGCCAAUAUAUCACAGCAAACCUACCAAGUAGCUGAUGCAAGGUCCCCCGAACUGUUCCACGGUUCUGAAACAGAGCCACACCCAAAUCUUCCAUCGGGUCAUAUCCCACAUGCUAUUAACUUUCCUUACACCAAGUGUCUGAAUCCUGAAACAAAACUCAUGAAAACUCCUGACGAGUUAAAGAAAUUGUUCCAAGACGCAGGAAUUGAUCUUGACAAACCCCUCAUUGUAUCCUGUGGAUCUGGGAUCACAGCAUGUGUGGUAGCCUUCGCUUCACAUCUUUGUGGAAAGACGGACACCAUAGUGUAUGAUGGCUCAUGGGAGGAGUGGCGUCAGCGGGCUUCUUCCGAUUUGAUUGAAAAAGAUGAAAAACAGGCUUCGAGUAGCGUUUACCUUGAGAGAAAAAAGGGUUAA